AGCGUACUGUAGCUGGUUAUUUCACAUCUUUCACGACUUUUAAUUUUGGAUCAAUCCUUUUCGAAAAGACACUAAUUUCGUACCCAGCGUUCCAGGAGAGAGAACAGGCAGAACAAAUCAUUCACUUGGCUGUUGUCGGCAUUAACGCCUCAUCCUAACACCAGCCCACCCCCAAAACUCCAUCCCCGCCUCCUUGACCUGUCCGUCUUCUCUCCCACCAUAUUUAUGGUAUGGGCAGUCAACUACACAUACUGGUUUUAUGACCGAGAUGGACAGGUAUUCACAAGAAAAAGGUUCCAAAGAUCAGGGGAGAAGGCACAUCAGUUUUGAGAAACAGAUCAGCCAUGAUCGAAUAACAGAGCCGACUGCUGCUUCUGUACCGCAAGCAGUUGGCGACCAAAGGUGUGUUACAGAGAGUUGGAGAGAAUGGCCAGAACCAAGCAGACAGCGCGCAAAUCCACCGGAGGCAAGCAGCUGGCGACCAAAGAGUACUCCGGCCACCGGCGGCGUGCAGAAGCCUCAUCGCUACAGGCUCGGCACGGUGGCUCUGCGGGAGAUCCGCCGCUACCAGAAAUCCACCGAGCUGCUGAUCCGCAAACUGCCCUUCCAGCGCCUGGUGCGGGAGAUCGCUCAGGACUUCAAGACCGACCUGCGCUUCCAGAGCUCGGCCGUGAUGGCCCUGCAGGCGGCCAGUGAGGCUUACCUGGUGGGGCUGUUUGAGGACACCAACCUGUGUACCAUCCACGCUAAGCGAGUCACCAUCAUGCCCAAAGACAUCCAGCUGGCCCGCCGGAUCCGCGGGGAGCGCGCCCGGCCCAGCACAUUAUCCCCGAGAAACACAACGGCUCUUUUCAGAGCCACUAAACCAUCCAGAGACUGCAGCAAUCAGUAGGCCCUCUUGGUUACUUUACUAUGCGCCCAUGGUUUUCUUUUAUUGCAAUGCGUCGUUUCGGCUGUAAUUGAAGAAAUUAAAUCAGGCUGAGGAAAGCAUUUGUCACGUUAAUUCAAAGACAAACAUCAAGUAGCGGUUAUAAAUUGAUCGCAGAACAUAAUUGAAGGUUCCUUGUAUACAGGAGAUUUAUGAUUGGCAGAGAGAACAGCAAGCGGUCGGCGCUAUUACCUUCUUUCAUAUAAACCCACAGCGUACUGAAGCUGCAGUGUGUCAAUGCAGCAGCAAUUACAUAGACCGAAUGGGCAUAGGAGAUACACUCAUUCACAUUUAAAGACAAAAGUCAACGAGGGCCAAUCACAUUAUAAGUUGAGAUUUUAGCAGUAAUCAGUGAAUACAAUUGAAGUGCUGGACUCCAUGUAUGCAAAAGUUUAUAAAUUGCCGAUAAAACGCCUCUGUGUGUGCCUAUUGUCUACCUCGGCGUUUCCCCAGCUAUUACCGUAAAUUUCAAAAGCCCGCCAAAGCAUUUAAAAGAUUUGAAAGUUUAGGACACACAAUCUCUCUUUUCCCCUUCUCCCUCUCGUCGACUUCGGUACAUGCUCUUCGGAGUGUCGGUUCAGACUCCAAUGGCAUCUUUCUGCUAUGUAGGCAUUCCAUGAUGUUGUUCCCUGUCAGUGUAUUGAUGGGGACACCGCAUUCAGCUAUUAUUUACAUGUGACUGUCCCGCACUGCAAAAUCUCCACAUUUACUAUUCCAGCCAGCUGUUCUAGCUUGAUCUUGGCUCAUUCUGCAAGUCUUCAAAAAUACAAAAAUCCUCAUUUAUACCAGUCUCGUUACAGUCCCGGGUCUUCGUGCUAAAAAGAAAACCAAUAGGUCACUAGUGACGGUCUAGCUGCUUUUCAUUGAUGCUGUGGGUGGCUUGUAAAAGCGGGAGUAUAGUACUACAGAUAGUUAUACCAGAAUUACACAGAGUAUUGCAAAAGUGGUCUAACAGAUGUCCUGUAAAGAUGCAACAUAACCUCCCAACUUCCAUACUCAAUGCACUGACCAAUACAGACAGGCAUACCAAACGCCUUCUUCACUAUCCCAUCUACCUGCAACUCCACUUUCAAAGAACAAUUAAUCUGCACUACAACGUCUCUUUGUUCAGCAACAUUCCCCACCAAGGUGUGCAAGUUCUGGCCUGAUUUGGUUUUCCAAAAGUAGCAUCUCACAUUUACCUGAUGUCAACUACAUCAGCGACUCAUAUGAGUUCAUUCCACAAAUAAACAGUUUCUCCAAUUCCAUACUAACCUGUUAUGACUUUCAAAUCUCGAUUGGCUAAAAUAUAAAAUAAAAAAAAGAGAAUUGCAAUCAAAUAAAGCUCAUGGGUGGAUUAAUUCACUGCCAUCUCACCGCUGGAUGCAGGUGUAUGUCUCAUAUUCACUAUUUACUCGUGAUUGCAUGUGAUAUGAUACAGUGCCACGUAGGGAGCAUUGUAAACAGUACAACAUGAAAUUGCGAAAGGAUAUUGAAGCCUCCAGUUCAGUCAUAUCUAGAUUAAAUUCUAGUCCAUGAACAUUGGUAUCAGUAAUCCUAGAUUUAAAUCGCCAGAACCAUCGAUUAGAUGCUAGUUUGUUUUAAAUACUCGUUUCAGCUUAUUCAUCAAAAAACCCAAUGUUGAAAUAAAAGAAAUUAAACAAUCGCAAAUCUUUAAAUCAAACAUUCAACACAAAAUGCAGCACACGUUCAACAACAGCUUCAGUGCUAAACAUCCAACCGCCAUUCUCUCUUCAGAGCCACCCAAAACCCUACAUUGAGAGCGGAGACCCGAGAAGAGGAAAGGCAGCAUAUGUGGAGGGGGUACAGUACUGCAAAUAGUUUUAUCUAGUCGAAACCAUCAUGUCAAGAUAUACUGAAUCGCUUCAGAGAUAGGAGGAACUGCAGAUGCUGGAGAAACAGAGAACAAGGUGUGGAGCUGGAUGAACACAGCAGGCCAAGCAACAUCAGAGGAGCAGGAAUUUUCUGAAGAAGGGUCGAGGCCCGAAACGUCAGCCUUACUGCUCCUCUGAUGGUGCUGGGCCUGCUGUGUUCAUCC